AUGUCUUACAACGUUCCAUUUGUCUCCGAGACAAUCCUAGGCUCGUGCCUCACCGAAGACGACGGUUUUGCCGUUCCUUCUUCGACGCACUUCGACAAGGUCGAUUUCGAAAUCGGCAUGGACGAAGCCAGAGUGCAGCCUCCUGCUCCCACGAAGCCAUGCCUUUUUUUCCAGAGCAUCCAGGAGUUCCACAACUUUGCCAGGCUCAACCCUCCCAUGUCGGUUGGCGAGAAUAUCAGCAUCAUUGCUGUGAUUUUGCAGCCCACUUCCCCGGGCUUUUUCAAGCUCCACGCUCAGCCUACCGAGGUUCUUGUGCCCGCUGGCUUGAGUAUGUUCCUCAACGGCUACCCAUAUGCCAAUAUUUUUGAUCCUUUUGUGUUCUGUGGCGGUGAUUCCGGACUCCCCAAGGAAUUUCCCCAAGCUGCUCCCCAACCAGCUCAAUCAGCUCCCCAACCAGCUCCCCAGCCUGCUCAGGCUGCUCCACAAACACAAAAUGCUCCAAAGAGCGCCUCUCUGAACGUUCCUCCUCAGGAUUCCUCGAGAGACGCUCCCCUGAAGACUUCUGAAAAUCCCCAGCAGAAGUCUUCCCAGGCCACCCAGAUUUCCCAGGAAUUGAUCAAAUUCCACGGUCCCUGGAACUUCUCCAUUACUUCCCGCUCUGGCUCCCGAGACGCCGAGCCCAAAGAAGUCCAUCCUGCUGUUCCUCAGCCUUCCAAGAGAGCUUUGAAACAGAGAGCCAAGAGAAGAGCCAGACAGGAAAUCAAGAAGCAGCGCCACAGAGCCCACAACAAGAAGCCGAUCAGGAAGGCGCAAAAGGAGGCGAUGAUGGCUGAGGCAGCAAAGCUUAAGGCUGCCAGAAAGGAAGCUGCAAGAAGGAGAGCACAACAGGAAACUGCAAAUGCUUCUCAGGUAUGCUUCUCCCAUUACCACCACUCCAAGAGACUAGCAAGUUUCUUCGAGUAUCUUCCCCUUUUCCUCGAGGAAAGGCACUACAGGCGUCUGGCGGCACUUCUUCCCUGUGCACCCAGUAACGAGCUUCCGCUUUUGGAGGUUCCAGCCUGCCUUUUUUCCAUUUGUGCUGGCGAAACACCUGUUUCUUCUCCCUCGCCAAAGCCUUCUGCGUGGUGUGGUUUGCUCAAGACCCGCAGAAAGACAAAGUCCAAGAAGGCUCGACCAAACAGACGCUCGAGAAAGAGCUGGGUCUGA